UCCAAUAAAACUAUUAACCUCAAUCCGACCCGAAAACUGGAAACCAGCAGUCUUCGUCGUCGAUUCGACGCUAACUCGUUUCUUUGAAAAGAGAUUAUACAGCAGAAAGAAGUACACUUUGUGGGAAGGAAGGUUUGAGAGAAGCAAGUGAGUAUGAGAAAGGAGUUGUGCAGAAACUUUCAGCAGGGCAGUUGUAGGUAUGGGGAAAGAUGUAGAUACCUUCAUCCACAACAAACUAAACCCAACAAUCCUUUCGGCUUCGGUACACAAUCAUCCAGAGAUCAACAACAGCAGAACAAGAGCUCCUCCAACCCUUUUGGAUUUGGUGUUCAAGGCGCUUCUAACUCCAACAGACCUAAUCAAUCUCAGCCUUUUCAGAAUACAUGGCAACGUAAUCCUUCUAGUGGUGGUGGUGCUUCUUCUACACAGCAGUCUGGUAAACAGACGCAGCAGGCAGACCAUAAAUGCACGGAUCCUGCUGCGUGUAAGCGGUUUAUUCAAGAAGAUCUUAAGAACGAGAGACCCAUGUGGAAGCUCACUUGCUACGCUCACUUUAAACACCUUCCUUGUGACAUUUCUGGUGAUAUCAGCUACGAAGAGUUACGUGCCAUGGCUUAUGAAGAAUCCAAACGAGGAAUACCUCUACAGUCUAUUGUUGAAAGGGAGAGGAAUUUGCAAAACGCCAAAGUAGCUGAGUUUGAAAACUUUCUAAGGAGUCCAUACAGAGGCCCUGUCACAGCCAAUCAAACUGCACCUAGUAUCUUCCCACCAGCUAGUCAGGUCAAUUCCCCUCCAGGAUUCUCUGCCUUCAACCAACAACCAGCAUUCCCCAACACCAAUGCUGGUGGUGGAGUCAGGUAUUGUAUUUCUACCUCUUUCUUUGGUUUGUGUUACGUGCUUAUAACUUUUCUUAUUCCUCCAAACAGUUCAUCUGGACCUCCUAAUCCCUUUGGGCGCUUUAAUCAACAACCUAAUGCUUUCAGCCUCAACACUCCUCAACCUGCUCCUUCAGGUCCCUCUGGUUUCCAGACUCAACCAUCAUCGUUUGGACCUGGACCAGUUACUCCCUCUGGUUUCCAGACUCAACCAUCAGCAGCCUUCAAGCCAUCACCGUUUGGACCUGGACCAGUUGCUCCCUCUGGUUUCCAGACUCAACCAUCAGCAAUGUUCAAGCCAGCAUCGUUUGGACUUGGACCGGUUGCUCCCUCCGGUUUCCAGAGCCAACCAGCAUCGUUUGGACCUGGACCAGGACUCGCCGCACCUGCACAAAACAGCAACAUCUUUCCUUCAGUAACUCCAACGCCGGCUUUUAACAGUAACCAGAAUAAUCAAACCGCAUUCAACUUCAAUUCCCCUGUUGUAGACACAACAAACACACCUUCCGGAACUGAGCUGCAAGCAGGAGGUGCGCCUGUUGAUACUAGCAUCUGGUUGAAGGAGAAAUGGAAUCCAGGAGAGAUUCCAGAGCAAGCGCCGCCUGAUGCAUUUGUUCAUCGAUAAAGAAACAGUCAUUUGUUGCUUCUCUGUAGCAAAGAAGCUCAUUUUGUUAUUUUAAGGGAAAGAACUUAUUGAAGUUUUGAAUUACGUGUAGGCAAGUGUUUCUAAAAUGAGUUUUGUCAAUUUUCUUAUGAUCGUUUGUGUAUGAUUUUGUGAACAAAAAGAAAAAACUAUUAAAGCCUUCAAUGAAAAGCCCUUUAUACCA